AUGAGGACCGUUCGCGACGUCACGCUUCUUGCUCUCGUGCUGGGUGUAUCAGCCGAGUCGCUACAGAAGCAAAACAAACGCACAUUCGGCCUCGGCGCUCACGGCGGCGCUGGCGGUAGCGGAGGUGUCGGCCUUGGUCUCGGCGGUGGCGCCGGUGGUAGCGCUGGAGGCAGCGCCGAUGUCGAUGUGUCGGGAGGUCUCAGCCUCAUCACCAGCGCCAUUGGGGGCUGCAGUGCUCAAGUCGAUAUCUGCAACAGUGCGGUUCUGGACCUGAAUGCCGGCGUUGACAUCGGUGUUUCUAUUUCCGCCUUUGCUUCCCUCGCUGCUACGCUCAGCGCUGCCGUUGGCAGUUGCGGCGCAGCAGGAUCCAUCAGCCUGACGGACUUCAUCGGUCUCUCUGCCGAUAUCACAGCCUUCCAAUCGGCCUGCGCGACUCUCUUCGCCAACAUCGUUGCAAAGAAGGAUAUCGUUGUUGGCCUCAAUGGCUGCGGCUAUAUUGGCGAUGCCGUCUUGGAAAUCCAAGCCUCUGCUGGUGCUCUGUUCGAUGCCAUUAUCGGCCUCACUGCCGGCCUCGACCUAGGCGCUGAUAUCGGUGGCCUCCUUGGUGGCAGCGGUGGCCUUGGCCUUGACCUUGGCUCGCUUACUGGCAAUGUCGAUGUCCAGGGCAUCCUGUCCUUGAUCGCUGGCAUUUCCGGUAGCUUUGAACUGGGUAUCGGGGCUUUCUGCAAUGGCAACUGUAUAAACGCCGGCGGCGUAGGCGCAACAGCUUCGAUUGGCGGUGAGGUUACCGCCACUGGUGCGAUUUCUGGCGGAGGCGCGGCCACAAUCACUGUCUCAGCCGGUGGUGGAGGCAAUGGCAAUGGAGGCAUUAGUGCCAGCGCUACUGAUGCUGUCUCGGCCACCGGCGUCGCUGGAGGCGAUGCUGAAGCAACUGGAGGAGUUGGUGGCGGCAUUGGAGGCGGCGUUGAUGGUGGUGUCGGCGGCGGUGUUGACGGAGGCGUCGGUGGGGGUGUCGGCGGUGGCGCUGGAGGCUCCGGCGGUAUUGGAGCAACCGGUGGAAUUGGUGGUGGUGCCGGAGCCACUGGCGGAGUUGAUGGCGGUGCUGGAGGCUCCGGCGGUAUUGGAGCAACCGGUGGAAUUGGUGGUGGUGCCGGAGCCACUGGCGGAGUUGAUGGCGGCGCUGGAGGCUCGGGAGAUGUAUCGGCCACCGCCGGUGUGACUGCUACCCCUGUCGAGGGUGGUGGCUACCCUACUAUUACUGCUUCCGCUGGACUGGGUGGUGAUACCGAUGGCAAUGCCAGCGACAACGGCGGCAAAAGUGCUAGCGCUACGGACGCCGUUACAGCAUCUGCCGGCCUGGGCGGUAGCGGAAACGGAAGCGGAAGCGGCAAUGGCGCGAUCUCAGGCUCCGGUGGACUCGGUGGUGAUGCUGGAGCCACCGGUGGCGUCGGCGGUGGCAUCGGCGGCGGCAUCGGUGGCGGUGUUGGCGGUGGUGUUGGCGGCGGAGCCGGAGGCUCUGGUAGCAUUGGCGCGACUGGUGGUCUUGGAGGCGAUGCUGGUGGCGCUGGCGGUAUCUCAGCUACUGCUGGUGUCACAGCUACUCCUGUUGAGGGUGGAAGCUAUCCUACCAUCACCGGAGGCGCUGGUGGUGAUGCCGGAGGCAGUGGAAACGGAGGAAUCGGUGCCAGCGCCACAGAUGCCGUUUCGGCAACUGCCGCGCCCUCCGGUGGCUAUGGUACCGGCUCCGGCUCCGGUUCAGACUCCGGCUCCGGAUCUGGCAAUGGCUCCGGCUCCGGCUCCGGCUCUGGCUCUGAUUCUGGAUCUGGCUCCGGCUCUGGUUCAGACUCUGGCUCUGGCUCUGGCAAUGGCUCUGGCAAUGGCUCUGGCUCCGGUUCGGGCUCUGGCUCCAGUGCGUCGGCUACUGAUGCCAUUGGCAGUUCCGCAAGUGGCGAGUGCACAACCUUCACCACGGCUUCGACAUUCUCGACCCUUGUCACCGCAUCUGGUUCCCCCACCAGCGGCUCGGGAGCCUGCUCUGGCUCUGGCUGCGGUUCAGGCUCGGGAUCAGGCUCCGGCAACGGCAACGGCAAAUCAUCAGGCUACGCCACCUACCCUACCACAACCAGCAGCAACAGCGCCUCUAACCUCACGGCAACUACUAAGCCAUUUGUCACUGCUGGUUCGUCCCAAGUGGCCGCUCUGACGACUAUGAUCGGCCUGGUUGGUUUCUCGAUCGCUAUGCUCAUGUAA